AUGUCUGGCAAAAAACGCGCUUCCCCCGGCGCAGACGUCGAGAAAAAUCCUCUGUCAAACGUCGAACUCAACAAUGAAGAUGCUCAAAAACUCCAAGACAUUCAAAAACAUAUCCAACGCGUUGAACUCGUUAUAGGUGAGCUUCACAGUGCACGGCCAGAAAGCCCAGAGAAAGCAGAACCACAAAUUAACAAUUUUCAAGAGCGCCUGGCUAUGGAAAAACUGAUACCGGUCUAUGAAAAGCGCCGUGCUGUUGCUAAAUCGAUAGAGAAAUUUUGGCCUGUGGCUCUUAUGAACAACAGCAUGAUCUCUUUUCAUGCACAACACACUAUUGAUCAACUUGCGCUGAGCUACCUUGAGGAUUUAUGGAUCGUUCGCGAUCCCAAGGAGCCACGAUGCUACACUAUCGAAUUCUUUUUCAAGCCAAACCCAUACUUCACUGACUCCGUCUUAAAAAAGGAAUACAAAUACAUAUCUCCACCCGCCGCGUCGGGCGACAAGCCUGAUGCAGAUGGUAUUACGGACUCCAUGCUCGACUUCUCCUGGGCCCGUGAUGUCCAGCCUUCCGCAACUCCUAUUCAUUGGAAGGACCCUGAGAAUGCCCUAACUAAACUCCACCCUCGUGUGGCUGAGGUGGAUGGGGAGGAUGACGAUAUGCCUGCAGAGGCAGGCAGCUUCUUCAACUUUUUUGAAAUCGCAGAUGACCCCUUUGAGAUUGGUGCACAAAUUGCCAAUGAGAUCUUCUCCGAGGCCACAGAUUACUUCAUGGGUAAUAUUGCUAAUGACGAGCUUGAUUCUGAGGAGGAGGACAGCGAAGAUGAUGAUGAUGACGCUGAAGAAAUUGAUUUGGAGAAACCAAGGGCGAAAAAGCAAAAGAAGGAAUAG